AUGUCUAUCUAUUACUGUGUCGUGGCCAAUAGCCACUGCCCACUUGUCGAGCACAGCAACGGCGGCGACAAACGCAUGAACGAAUUCGCCCAAAAGUUACUGAAGAAAAUCAAUUUAACAGAUGACGCGGUCGAGGCGAUGGAAUUCGAUGGCAAGACGUACAGCUACCGUGUGGACAAUGAAGUGGCUUAUGUUUGCGUCACCAAUGCGGCAUUUGGCAAGAGCUCAGCAGCGCUAUUUCUAAAGCACAUUAAUCAGCUCUUUGACAACCAAUUUGGCAUAAGAGGCAAGGCUACAAAAUUAAAGCUGGACAUGAAUCGAGACUUUGCCCCAACUUUAAAGAAUCAAAUGGAAAUGUUUUCAUCGGACAAAGGAGUCGAGAAGCUGCAAGCGCUAAGAAAAGAUCUGGACAAUGUUACUAACAAUAUGCAAAACAACAUCAACAAAGUGCUGGAACGUGGCGAUAAAAUUGAACUUCUUGUGGACAAGACGGACCAACUCAACUCUCAGUCUGCGGCGUUUGCUAAGUCUAGUAAAAAUCUUCGCCGUCACUUAUGGUGGGAAAAUCUUAAGAUGAAUGUUGCGAUUGGAGCAAUAAUUGCGCUAUUCCUCAUACUUAUAGUUUUGUAUAUCAGAGCCAAAUUCUUUGGAAGCAGCAACAAAGAGAUAGAUAGGAAUUAA